AUGGAGGAGCGCAUCCACACGCUGGAGAACGUCCUGUCCAUCCACCAAUUCAUUUCUCAGGAUCCACCGAUGGCUCCUCACAGACACUCCGGGUCCACGAUGGCCUACGGUUCUGGGGGGAAAACCAAUGGUCUCUACGCGCAAUCCUCCACCAGCAAGAAGCAGAGCAUGCAGCAGAUCCAAGCCGACCACGAGCUGUUCCUGCAGGCCUUCGAGAAACCAACACAGAUCUACAGAUUCCUCCGCACCAGGAACCUGAUCGCGCCUAUUUUCUUGCACAGGACUUUGACGUACAUGUCCCACAGAAACUCCAGGAACAACGCCAAAAGGAAAAACUGGAAGGUGAACGACUUCUUGAACAAAGUGGAGAAGACUCGAGGAGAACAGGAGACUCUGAGUCUGAACUCCAACCUGCAGCUCACCUUCACCGGAUUCUUCCACAAAACAGGACGGACGUGUCUGGACAAUUCUGAGAACGAACAGAAUUCUGUGUCGUUGGAAGUGCUUCUGGUUAAAGUCUGCCACAAAAAGAGAAAGGACGUGAGUUGUCCCGUGAAGCAGUUUCCGGCGGGUAAGAAGUCCGUGGCCCUGAACCCGGACGGCGCUGUCCAGAGCCGACAGAGCGCGGCGUCUCUCACCGUCCCCAGCUGCGAGUUCGAACCCACCAAUCAUCACACGGUCAAGUCCUACUCCCUGCUCUUCAGAGUCUGCUGCCCCGGGUUCAGACAGAGCCACAGUCUGACCAACGGGGAGGCCCUGCACGGCAGAGAUUUCUCAGAGGAAGUGGUGAACAGGAAGCGGAGGAACAGUUCUCUCAAAGACGAAGCAGAGACGACGUUUGUGGCUCAGAUGACGGUGUUUGACAAAAACAGGCGGCUGCAGCUUCUGGACGGAGAGUACGAGGUUUCUCUGCAGGAGUUGGAGGAAAGUCCCGUCUGCAAAAAGAGAGCGACGUGGGAGACGACUGUGGACGGGAAGCGUUUGCCUCCGUUCGAGAACUUCUCCCAGGGCCCCACGCUUCAGUUCACUCUGCGCUGGACGAACGUCAGCAUCGACACCCAAACUGUGACCAAACCUCUGUCCACACGCAACCAGGAAGUCCACCCGGAAGUAAACCAGGAAGUGACUACGGACGCAAACCCCGAGAGCAGAACCAUAUCAUCACCGACACAAGCCGUGAAAGACCUGAACACAGACGUCCAGAUGAAGAAGGAGGUGACGGCGUCGGAUCCGCGUCAGAAGCUGCGGAUCUUCUACCAGUUCCAGUACAACCAGAACACGCGGCAGCAGACGGAGGCGCGGGACGACCUGCACUGUCCCUGGUGCACCAUCAACUGCAGGAAGCUCUACAGCCUCCUGAAGCACCUGAAGCUGUCGCACUCCCGCUUCAUCUUCAACUACGUCCCGCACCCCAAAGGAGCACGCAUCGAGGUCUCCGUCAACGACUGCUACGACGGUUCCUACGCCGGGAACCCCCAGGACGUCCACAACCAGCCGGGCUUCGCCUUCAGCCGCAACGGGCCGGUCAAGCGCACCGCGGUCACCCACCUGGUCGUCUGCAGGCCGCGGCGGUUGAAACCCAGUCUGUCCGAGUUCCUGGAGUCUGAGGACGGAGAGCGGGACCAGGGCCGGACUCACAUCAGCGGACACAACAGACUGUACUUCCACAGUGACUGCUGCAUGCCCCUGCGAGCCCAGGAGCUGGAGCGGGACAGUGAGGACGAGAAGGACCCGGACUGGCUGCGGGAGAAGACCAUCAAGCAAAUUGAAGAUUUCACCGACGUAAACGAAGGAGAAAAGGAGAUCAUGAAGCUCUGGAACCUCCACGCCAUGAAACACGGGUUCAUCGCUGAUAACCAGAUGAACGGCGCCUGCCUCCUCUUCACCGACCUCCACGGUCCGUACAUCGUCCAGAACGACCUGUGCCGAAACUUCCUGCUGCACCUGGUCAGCAUGCACGACUUCAACCUGGUCACCACGGCAACCAUCGACGCCGCCAUGGCCAAACUGCGAGCGCUGGAGACGCCGCGGAAGCCGAAAGCACCGAACCACGGCAAGAUGGAGGACGAGGAGAACGAGGAGGAGGAGGAGGAGGACUGGGAGACCGCGGCCGAGUCUCAGCCCGACGCCGAGUCCGAGGAAUUCAAAAACUGUUCGGACGCCACCAACGGGACGGAGGCCGAAGACGCCAGAUGA